CAGUUCAUGUUCUACAUUGGUAGAACAUUGAUUUACAUAUUCUUAUACAUGGUUUUAUCGUAGUUAAUUCGUGAUCCAUCUGUGAACAUUUCACAUAACUCACUUUUCCAUGUAUAUUUACGCAUGACCAAUUUUUAUCCGUGCAAUAUGCGCAAAAUGUAUGUAGUAGGUAGUUAAAACUUAAAGUAGUGGAUUUGUCAACUGUUUUUGCAGUAUUAUCAUUAAAGGUUCCAGCUGGACGUUCUCCUCUCAUUUCCAGUCAUAAAAAAUAGAACACACAUACAGAUAAAGUCUUCGCGGAUUUGACAGUUUUAUAGGUUUCUGUUCGGAGAACAUCGGUUUUCUGUCGUCGCACAUUCUCAGUAGACCAGUCAGACGCCUUCAGCUCGUCGUGAGUCUUGAUGCGCAGCGGCGAGGCAGUCUGCUCGGAGCCACCGGAGAGGAUCGGUCCUCUGUGCUGGCGGCUGUGGAACAUUAACCGAAGAGAUAAGGAGCCAUGGGCGCAUCCCAACUGUCAGUAGAGACAGACAGUUCAGCGGCGGAUGAGCGGCGACCCGCGGAGCUCCAUCAUCAGCACUGUGGGAGUGUGCGCGUCAGGCUCGCCAAUACCCCCGGAGUGCACGCCCUCACUCUCCCUUCAUCGAGCCAUGUCUGAAACGGAGCGAUGGGGAAGUUUGACGACAACGAGAGGAUAAUCCUCAACGUCGGAGGAACCAGGCACGAAACGUACAAAAGCACCCUGAAGACGCUGCCGGGGACACGCCUGGCGCUGCUCGCCUCCGACUCAGACAUUGACUCCGUGCUGGAUCAGCUGCAACAAGUCCCCGGCUUCAUCGAGUACAACGCACGGACCAAGCAGUACUUUUUUGACCGACACCCGGGAGUCUUCGCCUACGUCCUGAACUACUACCGCACCGGGAAGCUGCACUGCCCCGCGGACGUGUGCGGGCCGCUGUUCGAGGAGGAGCUCUCCUUCUGGGGCAUCGAUGAGACGGACGUGGAGCCCUGCUGCUGGAUGACAUACCGGCAGCACCGGGACGCGGAGGAGGCGCUGGACGUCUUCGAGCUCAACGUGGACAAUGGAGACGAGGACGACGACGUUGGGGGAGGGCUCGGCAUCGAGGACGUCCAUGUGGACGGGAACGCGGGACUGUGGAGGAAGUGGCAGCCAGUCAUCUGGAACUUGUUCGAGGACCCCUACUCCUCCAGGGCAGCGCGGUUUGUUGCCUUUGCAUCCUUAUUCUUCAUCCUGGUCUCUAUCACCACCUUCUGCUUGGAGACUCAUGAGGCAUUUAAUACCAUCAUCAACAAGACAAACAUGCGGAAUAACAGCUGCCAAGACUUGGUUCCACAGUAUGAGAUAGAAACGGACCCUGCGCUUACCUAUGUGGAGGGUGUUUGUGUUUUCUGGUUUACUAUUGAGUUUUUGGUACGAGUGACCUUCUGCCCAGUAAAGUUGGAGUUUGUUAAAAAUGUUCUCAAUAUCAUUGACUUUGUGGCAAUUUUGCCCUUUUACCUGGAAGUAGGGCUGAGUGGCCUAUCUUCAAAGGCUGCCAAGGAUGUGCUGGGCUUCCUCAGAGUUGUGCGUUUCGUUCGGAUAUUGCGUAUCUUCAAAUUGACACGCCACUUUGUGGGGUUAAGGGUGCUUGGUCAUACAUUGCGUGCCAGCACCAAUGAAUUUCUGCUGCUUAUCAUCUUCCUUGCAUUGGGAGUUUUAAUUUUUGCAACCAUGAUAUAUUAUGCCGAACGUAUUGGCGCUAAGGCCAACGACCCUACUGCUUCCCAACAUACCAAGUUUAAGAAUAUCCCCAUUGGCUUCUGGUGGGCUGUCGUAACUAUGACAACUCUUGGUUAUGGAGAUAUGUACCCAGAGACCUGGUCAGGCAUGGUAGUGGGCGCUUUAUGUGCUUUAGCUGGUGUGCUGACAAUAGCAAUGCCUGUGCCUGUGAUUGUCAAUAACUUUGGCAUGUACUACUCUCUGGCCAUGGCCAAACAGAAGCUUCCCAAAAAAAGGAAGAAACACAUCCCUCAGGUAGUGCAGGGAGGAUCUCCGACCUACUCCAAAGCUGAUCUAAACAUGACCUGCAACAGCAGUCAAGCCGACCUGUGCCAUGUCAAAGGGAGUAGAGUACUGCAACGCAACCGAUCAGUUCCGUCAGCAGACUGCAGCAGCGACUUCACCAUGUCAGGAGAGAAGAGCGCUCCCAUGCGAAGGUCCAGCACUCAGGAACAGGACCACUACCCUGCAGGAACGUGUUUUCUCUUCGCUGCAGGUGAUUACACCUGCCCAGGCAUCAGAAAAGCAGAUGAUUCUGUUUGAAUGACAGCAGGAUAAGACUGUCAUCCUGAGCAGAGGAACCCAUUUGGAGCCACAGACCCACUAGGACAAUGCAAAGACUUGAAGCAUUUGACCGUCAACCAUCCAGCUUCUUUCGGAAAGGACUUUGAUAAGCCUUCAUGAUUUGAUCUGUGCAACUCCAGGAGAAUUUCCUCAACUGACAUUUUCUGCUCGGCGGACUUAGUUCCUGUAAAUACCACAGGGCUAAGGAGUGAAUGGAUUGACAGGGUAGUUGGUUUGUUGAAAAGUAGUGUCAUGAUGCUCACCAACACCUUUUCUUGCCGUGGUUACCCCCCUUUUGCAAGAUUGAGAUGUGUUAUUAGUGCACUUUGUAUUCUUGAAAUGGAAUAUAUACUUUAAUGAAAUUUUUAAAAGUGUAACAAUGUAGAAGGACAAAAAGUUCGAUAUUGUAAAUGUGACAUGAGUCAUCUCCGCUUCUGAUUAAAUCAGUAAUUUCAAUAGGCAAACUGCUCUGCUAUGUAGAUGUGUGUGAAUGUUUGUGUAUCCUACAAAACUCUGUGAUGAGAUGAAGAGAAAAACCAGAUCAAUGGAAACCUGGUGCUGACUCUUCCAGGAGUUAGUUUUAGCACAAGCAUGAACAACACAGGCUUCUCCUGUGAUGCAGAAGCCAGCUCAGAAGUCUCUUGUUCUGAAUCAAUUUGCAUUAGUGCUGCAAAAUCAUUCAUACCAAAUUCCUCCAGCUUAAGCCUCAUGGUGAAGAAAAGUACAGCACAUACUUGACCUUUCCCAACCUUUCCUCUUGUGGCGCAAAAAGAAGAAUUUUCCCAACUGAUUAAGAGAGACUUUUAGAAUGGUGACAUCUGCACUGUAGCAAUCCGACAAAACAAUCAGAUCAGAUUUGCAAUAAGCAUCCAAAAACAAAAAUCACCGAUUCACACUGUGACUUAAGCAGCCCAAAUAAGAAAGUGAAAAGAAUGAAACACAGCUGCAGAACUCUCUUGUCUGUUGGUAGCAACCUGCACAGUUUUAGGCUAGCUGUUGGGGAAUCACCCCAGUACCCACAGUUCUCCUUACGUAGUGAACAUGCUGCUUUACCUCUUUACUUAUAGGGUAACCAGUUUUUGUGUGUUUUAGUAUGAAGUUGUAUCUUUAAAACAAAAAUGUAAAUAUAUAUAUAUAUAUAUUUAUUUUUUUUACUUUGGAAACAUGUAUAUAUGUGUGUUGUUGAGUACAUCGCUCUGACCUGUGAAAGUCAUCGGAUGUUGUGUUUCUCCAUCAUGUCCUCCGACCGGAUCCUAAUCACUGUUUCCUAUAUUUUAUUGUGAGGAGACUUUCUAUUCUGGAGUCUGUAUUUGUGGAUGAAAAAAUGAUAUACUGUAUAAUAAAACUGUAAUACUGUACAGAGUGAAUACAAAUGCCAUGUGACAGAUUCACAUAAACUGUCUUUUCUUCUGGC